UGUGUAACGCAAACCCGUGUGUUAACGCACCGUGUGCAAUGAAUGCACCGUGUGUAACGCACCGUGUGUAACGCACCGCCCCAUGGGCCGCGUGUUCCCGCAGCCGCUGCACGAGGAGCCGCCGUUCAGCUCCGUUCAGCUCCGUUCAGUUCCGUUCAGCUCCGUUCAGUUCCGUUCAGCUCCGUUCAGCUCCGUUCAGCUCCGUUUCCGUUCCCCCCACGGGCCCCCCAGGACGCGGCUCCGCGCUUCGGGCCGCACCGGGCGACGCGGCAGCGCCCACGGGCGGGGGGUGACCCGUGUGAGCAGCGAGCAGCUGGCGGGGCGGGUCACAGCGCAAUCCCUUAAUCCCAUCGGGACCAGAUGAGCCUGGACGGGUCAUGGCGGGCACGAGGGCGCGCGGCGUCCUGCGCUCAGUGCUGGGCCAGCUGGGCUGCGGCUGCGGCCCCGGCCGGGGACUGCGCGCCUCCACCGGCACCCGCGUCCUCUACACCCUGCUGCACGUCCUGGCCUCCGCCGUGUGCUGCAUCAUGCUGUCCCGAACUGCGGCACGGGCCGUCAGGGAGAAGAUGCCGUUCUCGGGGUUGCUGUGCCAACACCUGCCCGGUGGCACGGACUGUGCGCAGCUCGUGGGCUCCUCGGCCGUCUACCGGGUCUGCUUCGGCACCGCCUGCUUCCACCUGGCGCAGGCUGCCCUGCUCCUCAACGUGCGCUCCAGCGCUGACUGCCGCGCUCAGAUCCACAACGGGUUCUGGCUCCUGAAGCUGCUGGUGCUGGUGGGUCUCUGCGCCGCCAGCUUCUUCCUCCCUGAGGACAGCUUCAUCCAAGCGUGGCACUAUACAGGCGUCUGCGGUGGCUUUGCCUUCAUCCUCAUCCAGCUGGUGCUGAUCACCGCCUUUGCUCACACCUGGAACAAGAACUGGCUGACGGGCGCAGCGCAGGACAAGCGCUGGUACCUGGCUGUGCUGCUGGCCACCACCGCCUUCUACACCCUCGCCUCCGCUGCCUUCUCCUUCCUCUACAAGUACUACACCCACCCGGCCGCCUGCCAGCUCAACAAGGUGCUGCUCACUGUCAACGGCAGCCUAUGCGGCAUCAUGUCCUUCAUCUCCAUCACCCCCUGUGUGCGGCUCAAACAGCCACGGUCAGGGCUGCUACAGUCCUCGAUCAUCAGCUGCUAUGUGAUGUACCUCACCUUCUCUGCACUGUCCAGCCGUCCUCCAGAGAGAGUGCUCUACAAGGGGCAGAACCUCACCGUCUGCUUCCCGGGCAUCCAGCAGGACGAGCUGCAAACAGAGGACACCACAGUUGCCAUCCUAGGAGCUGCCAUCAUGUAUGCCUGCGUGCUCUUCGCAUGUAACGAAGCUUCCUAUCUUGCUGAGGUCUUUGGGCCCCUCUGGAUGGUCAAAGUCUACAGCUUUGAGUUUAAAAAACCCUCUUGUUGCUUCUGCUGCCCAGAGAAGAUGGAGGAGGAGCUGAGAGGUGCUGCUCAGGAACAGACAUGUGAGCAAGAGGAGGAGCCUGCAGGAGGACAAUGCGUUUUCCAGGAUGAGCGAGACCGUGUGGUCUACAGCUACUCUGCCUUCCACUUUGUCUUCUUCCUCGCCUCGCUUUAUGUCAUGAUGACCCUCACCAACUGGUUCAGCUACGAGAGUGCAGUGCUGGAGACCACCUUCACACAUGGCAGCUGGUCGACGUUCUGGGUGAAGGUGGCCUCGUGCUGGGCCUGUGUCCUGCUCUACCUGUGGCUGCUGCUGAGCCCUCUCUGCCUCCGUGGCUCCCCACAGCACCGUCGGAACAGCCCUGCCUUGCGCAUUGUGCGGCGCCGACGUGCCCCACACCGCAUCAGUGUCUCCACGUAGUCCCUGCCGGGAUGGACUGUGCUUGGCCCCGUGCAUGGCCCUUGCCGUGCCACGUGUCUGGGUCCUGGCCUCACGGGUCCCUCGACUGCUCCUCACCCCAUGGCUGAGGAGAAGAUGUCACCUGAGCACAGGGGGAGGACCCGGGAGGCAGCAGCUCUGCUGCACCAGCUCCAGGGACACGACCUGCACUGAGCUGAAGCCAACACGGGGCGAUCCCGAGCCUGCCCAGGUGGCAGCUGCUCAGCUUCAGCUUCAGCUGCUGCUGCGCCCCCCUCCAGGCACGGGGGCAGCUCCUGCCCGGCUGCCCCCCUGCUGCCGUGGCCCGAGGCCCGCGGCGAGCAGCGCUCUGGUCUGUCUGCAGUGUCAGCUGAGCUGCCCGGCACUGCGGGUACUGUAAAUAGCUCCAUAAAUAUUUCUUUUUUAACACAAAUCA